CACUGACAUGGAAGGGCAUGAAGAAGUCAUCUAGUCUAUCCCCUUGCCUCCAAACAAGAACACCGGCUCUCCAGUCUUCCAGUGACAUGGCUUUUAACGGCAAAUAUGAAAUUGAAAGUGAAAAGAACUAUGAUGAAUUUAUGAAACGUCUUGGACUCCCCAGCGAUGUCAUCGAAAAAGGGAGAAACUUCAAGAUCAUCACUGAGGUGGUGCAGAAUGGCAAUGACUUCACCUGGUCCCAGUUCUACCCAAGGGGGCACAGUAUGAUUAAUAAAUUCACCAUCGGUGAAAAGUGCAACAUGGAGACCAUGGGGGGCAAGAAGUUCAAGGCCACUGUGCAGAUGGAGGGAGGGAAGGUGAUGGUGAGUUUCCCCAACUUUCACCAGACCUCAGAGAUUGUUGGAGACAAACUGGUGGAGAUUUCCACUAUUGGAGGAGUGACAUAUGAAAGAGUCAGCAAGAGGCUGACAUAA